AUGUAUUAUAUGGAUAACAGAAUUUCGUAUUGCUCUAAUAACAAUAUUGAUUUUGCUUUACCUUUCAAUGAGUGUUUUGAUAAGUCUUUUGAUGAAAUUAUAAAUAGGCUCACCACCUUAUUUAAACUUAGAAAUAUUGAUAAUUCCAACUUUGUAUUUGUAAUUGGAAAUGUUGAAGAUAGUAUAUUCAAAAAUAGUGAUCUCAAAUAUCAGUUCAAUCUUGUAUCUGUAAUUGGAAAUGUUAAAAAUGAUGAAUAUCAGUCCAAUUUCAUAUCUGUAUUUAAAAUUAUAGAAGAUAACAUAUGUGAAAUUAAUUUAAGAUGA